AUGGAGAACGGGCAGAAUGGUCAGAGUAGACAAUAUGCGGAUAGGAAGUGGCCCAAUGAAUCUCAGAAUGUGAAUGCGCCAUACCCUCUUCACACCAGCAUUGAACCAAUGGAGAACGGGCCGAGUGGUCAGAAUAGGCCAUUCGUGGAUGGAGAAUGGCGCCAUGGAUCCCAGAAUUUGAAUGUGCCUCAAGGCGGAAGUGCCAAUUCACAGGCCAGGAUAUAUGCGACACCCAACAAUAACACGACUUAUGACAGUUCAUACGACCCUCGAAGAUAUGAACAGUAUCCAAACCCUCUGAAAAAUCACGGAUCACAUUCAAUACCAAACAGCCAGCAAGAUAUUGGCAAUUUCUCUCAGCAACCUGCAGGUUUUGGCGCAUUCAAUAUGCCGAUAUGGAACCCCUUGAACAUGAACAUGAACGCAAUAAACCAACCCGGUGGUAGUAUUCCUUUCAUGAAUGCACCACUCCCAAACAGCCAAUUACCGCCAUUCCCGCCUAUGAUGCCGUAUAGUGCGCUGUUGCCUUUACAGAGAGUACAGCAUAUGAGCACCGUGCCAGGACCCACCUUGCAGCAAAGUCAACGACAGCGAUCAUCUACGCCACAAUUGGCAGUUCCCAGACCAACAAGUGCAUACACGCAGCAAGCCCUCCAGAAACCACAACAAGGCCCAAAACGACCACUGCUAGUCAUUCUUGACUUGAACGGUACUUUAAUCUACCGCAAACACCGCAAGUUGCCGCCAGUUUUUGCAAGACGCGAUGGGUUGAAGGAGUUUCUGGAUGUGCUGACGAAGAAUUACGCUGUCAUGAUUUGGACGAGUUCCAAGCCAACGACCCUCGCUCCCAUUGUCAAGCUUCUAUUCCCCACUAAGCGCAACAAAAAAGGACUGGUCGCUUGUUGGGGUCGUGACAAAUUUGGACUUACCAGCAGACAGUACAAUGCCAAGCUGCAGGUAUACAAAGAGCUGCACAAAGUAUGGAAUGACAAAAAUAUCCAGCUUAGACACCCAGGCUACAGUUCUGGCCAGCGAUGGGAUCAGACAAACACCAUUCUGAUUGAUGACAGCAAAAUCAAGGCCCUCAGCGAACCGUACAACAUUCUGGAAAUCCCCGAGUUCGUCAAUGAUCCAGCCAUUGACGAAUCAACACUUUUCAAAAAAGUCCUCGCAAGACUGGACGUACUCUCCCACCAUGACGAUGUCAGCAAAGUCUUCCGCGUAUGGGAGGAACGCCAGAUACAGCAAAACUGCAAGAUCCUAGACCUGGAUAUCACCCCCGAAAUGCCCGUGGAAUUGGACGAAGACUCCGAAGAUGGUGGAGCCAAGCUCCCGCCAACAGUACCCAGCGAAAAGCAGACAGAACCCAAAAAUUCACAAGAGGAAAAGAACGAAAAAAAGCAGAUAAAGAAAGCUCGACAGAAAGCCUCCAAAAAAGCCAGGAAAGAGAAAAAAGCCGCCCAAGAAGAAGCUGCCAAACAAGCUUUUCUAGCUGGACAAAAUGGGCCCGCGAAUCCCGAACCCUCAAUGCCAACGCCAGUGCCAGCGCCAAAAACACGUCUGGGCGCAAGAGCCCGGAAACGCCUCAAGAUGGAACAACAAGGCGCCGUCGACGCAGGUCCCGUUACCCCAUCCAGCAUCCAAGCUAGAGAGACCGGAUCUGAAAUACAAGACCCUAUCAUGGAUUCAUCUUCCCCUGCUGCAUUCACGAACCCCGAUCCUUCAAGUGCUGUUCACUCCGCCGCUGAGGAUAUGCCUACUUUCAAGUCCCAUUGCCGCCACCGUUCGAUUUCCUCGGUUUCUGAUACGUCUGUUGCAUCGAGGAACUCGCUUUUGGAUCGGUUGGAAGUUGGUCUGGGGCUCAAGAAGAAUUAA